AUGCCCCGCAACGGCCCACUGCUCAGACGAGAGGUGAUGCACACGGCGAGGAGGGCUAUCGAGAUACUCGAAGAUGAGGGGUUCACAUGUUGCCUCUUCGGGAGCACCGCCUGCGCGGAGUAUGGAAUGAGGAACCGCACACCAAAGGACGUCGACCUCGUCGUGAUGAACGCAGAAGAACAGGACAUCGAUCCCGAAGAACUGAAAUACAUCCUCGUAUCAGCCGACGACAACUUCUACCUCGUAGAUUCGAGGGACCCAAACGCGGACUAUCGAGUUCUGUGGUACCGGCUCAGAGGACAUGAUCGACGUUGUAAAGUUGAUAUCCUCGUCCCUGGGCUGCUCAGCAUCCCCGAAUUCGAUGAAACCGAGAUCAACAGGACAGACUCUCCACAAGGACUUCCUCUAAUGCCCCUCCUCACGCUCAUCUUACUAAAGCUUCGAGGGUGGUCGGAUCAUAGACAAGAUGACAGGCACUGGAUGCAGGCCAAGGUCCCCGAAGACGAAGGCGAUAUCGCGGAGCUGUUGCAGAUUGCCAGUGAGGAAUAUGGCUUGAGCGUGGCUGAUGAAGAACAUUGGUGGCCCGACUGGUUUGUGGAUGAAUCGAAGGAGAGGAUGGCAGAGUUUGUGGACGAGUGGCCAGAGAUUGCUGAAGAGUGGAUGGCUCUUGGCUUUGACUUCAUCGUUCACUGA